GUAAACAUCCUGUUACGACAGACAGUACACAACUUCAUUCUACAUAUAAAAUAUGGCAUCUGACAAAUUUCGCAUUGCCAUCAUCGGCUCAGGCCCAAUUGGAAAAUUACUUGCGUGCUCUGCAGAGCCACAUCCGCGCAUCGAACUCACCCAGUACGAGGCAGAUACGCUGCCAUUACGUCCAUCAUUUGGAUACGGAAUUGGGCCGCAGACUUUUCGUGCAGCCAAAGUGCUUAACCCCGAGUUUGGUCAGCGGUUCUACGAAGAGUCCUUUAAGGAUAUUAUCUGGAUGCGAUGGUGGCACAGCGGCGAGGAAGACCGAUUGAUCGCUAAUGUGGACAUGCCUGAAGGCAAAGUGUUUGGUAGAUUGGGCCGGGAGGAGCUUAUGCAUCUUCUGGAUGAUAGUCUACCAGGAGGUAUGAGUAAAGAUGAGAUCCAGUACGGUAAACGUCUAGUUGACGUACGCAAGACUGGCCCACAGCAAUUAGAACUGGUUUUCGAGGAUGGCUCUACGGAUAAAGCGAACGCGGUAUGGGCAGCUGACGGCGUGAAUUCAUUCUGCCGCAAACUUGUGCAAGGUGAGGUCUAUCGGCCACCUAGUUACACCGGCAUGCUGGCCUACCGGGGCAAGGUGGACGCCGGCAGAGUGACAGAACUGGUUGGAGAAGCGUUUUCAAAAGAGACCUACUGUUUCAUAGGGGUCAAAGGAUGGCAUGUGCUUAUUUUCCCAAUCGAGCACGGCAAAUUUGUGAACAUAGCAGCAUUCUGCGUGGAGCCUGAGGAAAAGCGUUUCAGGCGCGAUGAAAAGGUGACUCUGGAACAGCUACUCAGCUACUAUCCUGGCCGGGGUUCCAAAAUAGAUACUUUGCUUAAGCUCGUACACAGUGACACCCACGGUGGCUGCCAGAGGCUUAACAUCACUCACAUACAGAAGCUUGAAACACUGGUCAACCCAGAGCUUUGUAUGACUCUGUUUGGCGAUGCAGCAAAUGCAAUGACUCCGCAUAUGGCAGGAUCUAUGUCGUGUGGCUUCAUCGGCUGCACAACGUUCUUGCAUGAGGAAUGGAAUCCUCUUAUUCGGUCUGGUUCGCUUCCUGAAGAUGCUCCAAAUGAACAGAUUGCAGACGCCCUGGUCCAGGCUUCACAGGCUUAUGAAGAAAAGCAUCUUCCACUGGCGCAGAAGCUAGUUAAUAUGUCUGCUGAGCAAGGCCCAAUGUGGAGUGGUGGCAUUACGGACGUGAAGACAUUGAAAGAGCGGCCACUGUUCCUGUGGAGUUCAGCGGAUGAUAAGAACUGAGAAAAGAAUGUACCGAUAUGAUACAUGUCAUAGAAGAAAGCUUCUUUGGGAUAUAGCAUACGAACAUACUAUCUCAUACACAACUAAUCAUCUUCACUUGUAACAUGCCA